AUGGCAACGAGCUCUGCCUCGGAUAUCAACAUGGUCAUCGAGGAAACCAGAAGGACUCCAUUUACAAACAAAAUCGCCAGCGUUAGACUGCAUCACGUUGGGAAGUUAAAAUUCCCCGAAUAUGCAGGAAACAUAGACCCAAAGUCCCACGUACGAGCUUUCCGUUUAGCAAUAUCGAGAGCACACCUCACCAACGACAAAAAAGAGGACGGUUACUGCCGCUUCUUCGCCGAGAACCUCACAAAGCUGCCCUCGAAUGUUUUCAUAGAGACAAGAGUUACCGAGGCAGAUCUUUGGAAUCUCAAACAAGCAACUUUCGAGCCGUUGAGAGUGGAAGAAGUGGCAGUACGAGCACCUAUCUCGUUAGAUGACGCCCUACACCGAGCCUCUUAUUUCACAACCCACGAAGAGGAGGUCACAGCUUUGAAAGAACAAUAUAGCGCGAACAAGAAUAACUCAACCAAAAAGCCUGCUACUCCUAAAGAGCCAACCACCAAAAAGCAACAUUCCUAUGCAAUAAAUAACUCGCCGCAAAAGUCUUCAACAUACUACCUCAACAAAUACUGCGCCUUCCAUGAUCGCAAGGGCCACUCGACCAAAGAAUGUCGAGCUGCACUUCGCAGUCAAAACGAAAAUAAGAAAACUAUUGAAGAAGCCGGAGAGGAAGAAGAAGAGCCAGUGACUCCAAAAUCCAACCGAAAGGCCAAAGUCUCAACAAACAAAAGCGACAGGGAGAUCGAGCAGGAAUCACCGAGCUCUCCACCACCAGCUCCGAAGAAAAGAGUUGUAAUGAUUUCGUGGGGGCCAAACAACAACGCAACUGACGAAAUCAAGAGCCAGACCAGAUCACUCCUCCUCCCAGUGUCACUCAAUUCAGAAAAAGACAGAAUGCAGACCCUUAAUCGCAAUCUGUCUGGGGGGCAGAGACACUACCGACCAGCACUGACUAAGAGAUGGAAUCUUUCGGCCCACGACAAAGGCAAAAAAUGGAUCGACUUCAUUUCCGGAGGUUCCAAGUUCUGCAAUUCGGUCAAUUCAAUCAAAGAGUACCAACAGAGAGCCGAAAACAACGUAGGAGUGAGAGAACCCCUAUCAGGUCUCGAUCAUAAAAUCACCUUCGACGAAAACGAGACCGCAAAUAUCGAUAAACCACAUGACGACGCUCUCGUGAUACGACUCGACGUCGGCGGCUGCGAACUAUCCCGAGUAAUGAUCGACACUGGAAGCUCGGCCGAUGUCCUCUUCUACGACGCGUUUAAAAGGAUGGGAUUCACCAAAGCACUCCUAAAGCAAGAGUGA